CCUUUCCUUCUCGAACCCACGAUUUCAUUGUUUUUCUCUUUCCCUACCCUUAUCAUUUACUCCACCCAGAACCUUCUAGAAACAACAAAACCUAACUCUCUCUCUCUCCGACUCUUUUCUCCUUCCUUUCUCUCUUGUGAAAACUCUGAGAUCAACGUGCCUUUGUUUUGCUCUUUCAGCAAUCGUGUGUGUUUCAUAGCUCGAUUACUUCUCUUGCUCAGUAAUGAACGUGGAGAUUCCUGCUUUCUGUUUCUGUUUCUGUUUUGUUGGUGAGAAAUUUCCACCAUUUCUUUCUAGGAACAAGAGUUCCUGAUUUCUUUUCUUUCAGAUGUCUUUUUUUUUGAAAAAAAAAGUGUCUCUACAGUUCACUAUAUUGUGUUAUUAUUAUUUAGAAUAAUAACAGUUAGGUUUCAUAUCUUGAAACUGCCAUACAUUUCAUUGUUUUUGUUUCAGUUUUCAUUUAGCCAAUAAUAACUCCAAUAAGUUUGCAGUUUAUUCUGUUUCUACGCUCUUAUAAUUUGCAGCAGAUAAUUUUUAUUUCAUAUUUGCUUGAUUUUUGUAGGAGAACAAGAAAUAUAUAGUUUUAUUGCUCGUGUUCUUUUUUUUAUUUAGUUAAAUCUGAUCUUUUAACUUUUAUAGUAAAAUCAAUUUUUGAACCAGCCAAACAAUCUAUAAUCAUAGCUACCUGUUUCUCAGGGUUCGGAUCUGAAACCGAACCCCAACCCCGAUGAUGCCAUUACCGCUCGAACAAACCGGCGAGUCACCCGCCGCUGGCUCCGGAGCAGGGGUAGGAGGAGGAGACUCACAGAGAUCUAUACCGACUCCAUUUCUCACAAAAACUUAUCAACUCGUUGACGAUCCUUCCUACGAUGACUUAAUUUCAUGGAACGAUGACGGAUCAACGUUCAUCGUCUGGCGUCCCGCUGAAUUCGCUAGAGACUUGCUUCCUAAGUACUUUAAACACAACAAUUUCUCUAGCUUCGUCCGCCAGCUCAAUACAUACGGAUUUAGAAAGGUGGUGCCAGAUCGAUGGGAGUUCGCAAACGAUUAUUUUAAAAAAGGCGAGAAAGAGCUUCUUCGCGAUAUUCAGCGCCGGAAAAUUUCUCCGACCACCGGAGCAGCCACGGCAGCAGCUGCGGCGACGGUGACCGUUGCUGCAAUUCCAGCUUGUGCGAUUUCGCCGUCGAAUUCGAGCGAAGAGCAGUUAAUUUCAUCGAAUUCCUCGCCAGUAGCGGCGGCGGCUGUUGCAGCUCCCAUUGUUCGUACAACAAGCUGCACUACGACGCCGGAGAUUCUAGAAGAGAAUGAAAGGUUGAGGAAAGAGAACUCGCAACUGAGUCAUGAGUUGACGCAGUUAAAAGGAUUGUGUAAUAAUAUACUUGCAUUAAUGAGUAAAUAUUCUUCAGGUCAAUUAAAUGAUCAUAAUAACGACAACAAUAGUAAUAACCACCCUUUAGAGUUGUUGCCGGUAACACAGACGGCUUCGCAGCCUAAAGAAGCGGUCGGAACACCGCCAUCAUCUGCGGCGGUGGACGAGGAUGUAAGCCCUAGGUUGUUUGGAGUUUGCAUUGGAGUUAAGAGGAAGAGAAAAGAAGAGGAAGAAGAGAAACAAGGGAGUAAUAAUCAGCAAGAGUCGCAAGAGCACGAGCUUCGAUCUGAUGUGAAAUCAGAGCCGUUAGAUAGGAAGACUAGUAUGCAAACAGACCAUCAUGAUCCGACGUGGCUGGAGCUGGGGAAAUGAUGGAUCAGAUAUUUUUUGGUUGAUUGACGAUGAUGGAUUGGAUUAUCUGAUUGGAGAGUGACAUGAUGCUCGAUGGUGUGCAGCAAAAGAAAGAAAGAAAGGUAGAGGAUAAACGACACGUGUCUAUUGAAAAGAGAAUCAUUCUGGUUGUUUCUCGAAGUUGGAAUUGUCGUGUGUGGAAAGUGAAUAGUCACCGUCGUUUGCCCCUGUGGACGCCGAAGAGUCGUUAUGUAAUUUUUUUUUUUUUAAAAAAAAUUGCAUACGGUGGUGGGUUAGGAGUACGAAAACGGCGCCGCAUGAACAUAGGUGAAAGACUCCAAUUUUGAUGGUUUGCUCAAAAGCGAAAAAGGAGAAGAUUAAAAGUUGAAAUUUCUUUUGCUGUCUGAAUCGGAAAGGUGAUCAAAAGCCUCUUCUACUGGAAGCUUAAGUUAUGAUAAAACAUUAUACAGGUUUGGUAGUUUUAACUUAUUAUUCAUGUUGUGAUUGGAUCAAUUCAUAGAAAAAAGAAGAGUUGCUACUACUUAAUUAGUUAGAGCAAAUCACUUGUUGUUUCAAAUUCAUUAGCUUUUAUUAUUGUCAUGGACAAUUAAGAUGAGCAGUUUAAGGUUAUCUUUUAGGUGCUCUUCAAUUAAUAGUUACUAUUCAAUUAUUCCUUGAA